GCAGGCCAAGGUGGUACGAACGCACGCUAAGUACGCUGCGACUUUCGGCUACCAACCUAACCGGCCGGCGAGAGAUCAAGUCCAGACUCGAGAGAGAGCCAUGAGCAAGAGAGGCAGGGAUGUGUGGGACAUGGAGCUGGGCAGCCUGGACACGGCCCGCCUGCUCAUGCUCCUCGCGCAGCAGCACCAGCACCAGCGCGCCGUCGCCGGGGCGGCGCAGGCGAUGGGCGGCGACCGCGUGUUCGAGUGCAAGACGUGCAACCGGCAGUUCCCGACGUUCCAGGCGCUCGGAGGGCACCGCGCCAGCCACAAACGCCCCAGGCUCCACCAUCCGCAGCCGCAGCACGCGACCGGCAGCGUCGACGACGACGCGGCGCUCUGCCUCGGCCGCCGGGCGCCGCCGCAGGCGGCCAGGCCGAGGGCGCACGAGUGCCCCGUCUGCGGGCUCGAGUUCGCCGUCGGGCAGGCGCUGGGUGGGCACUUGCGCCGGCACCGUGUCGAGGCCGAGGCCGCGGCCAGAGCGCCGAGCUGCGAGGCGGCGGCGACCAAGACGGAGUUGGCGUCGUGCGACGCCGGCGGGAUCUGCCUGGGCCUGAACCUGGCGCCUUCGGAGAACUGCGCCAAGUGUAGGAGCGUGGCGGGGCUCGGCGCUGCUGCCGGGGAGGGUGUGUUGAAUAAUUAG